UAGCCUUUGGAUUGGGGGAUGGCGCUCAGAGGAGUGACGCUCCCUCCACCCACCUGCGCUUCCCCAUCAUGGGAGUCAGAGCAGCACCCUCUGGACCAGCUGGAAUGGAACCUGAGACGCAGCGAAAGAGGUGCUGGUCUUGGGAGAGAGAUCUCUGGCCGAGCGUGGGAAGCUGUUCUUGCACACCUGUGAGCACGACCGCCUUGCGGUUUGGCCCGUUCGGGGAGCAUUCGGUCAAUGCCAGCUGGAUCGCGGUUCAGGAGCUGGAGAAGCUGGGCCUCGGAGAGGACAUCGACCUUCAUGUCUGUGAAAUCCCGGUGGAAUACCAGGCUGUGGAACGGCUCAUCCCUGCCUUGUGGAAGAAGCACAGCCCGCAACUGGUGGUCCACGUGGGCCUGUCGGGCAUGGCCACCACGGUGACGCUCGAAAAGUGCGGCCACAACAUCGGCUACCGCGGCUUGGACAACUGCCGCUUCUGCCCAGGCUCCCAGUGCUGCAUCGAGGGGGGCCCUGAGUGCAUCGACUCGGUCAUCGACAUGGACGCCGUCUGCAAGAGGGUCUCCACCUUGGGGCUGGACGUCGCCGUGACGAUAUCGAAGGAUGCCGGCAGGUACCUCUGCGACUUCACCUACUACACCUCCCUGUACCACAGCCACGGCCGCUCGGCCUUCGUCCACGUUCCCCCGCUGGGGAGACCCUACAGCGCCGAGCAGCUGGGCCGAGCCCUCCAGGCCAUCAUCGCGGCGAUGCUCAGCGACUUGAAACACUCAGAGAGCAACAUCAAUUGCCACAAUGAGCAUUGAGGCAUGGAGCCCCACGUCCCACCUGCUCCCUCGCUGUUGCACUUCCAGAAAAGAAACUUUUCUCACCGGACCUUGGGGCAGGCGGGUGGGUUUUCCUUCCUGAUUUUGAGCCGCAGGGCCCUCUCUGUGUCUGGUGGUCAAUGAUAAUUCCCCAAGAAACGACUUUGCACCCUCUUUUUCCCUUUCCAGACACAACUGGAACAGUUUUUAUUUUUGGAUCACCGCGGAGGAGUCGAGGUGUUUUUAUUUUAUUUUAUUGUGUGUCUAGGAUUUUGGAAGGGAGAGGGGGGGCUUAUGCCUCCCGUAAUCUCCACGAAUCUAGGCCACAAUUUGUAUGGAAACUUUUGCCUCCCGUCUCAACGUGGGUUUUUUGAAAAGGGUACAUACAACAACAUUGUAGCUUAAAGCAGAAGUGUAUUCCUGCCCGGGGAAAUUUCGUAACCCCUCGCCGAGGGGGUCGGAGCUUUCCACUCUGCCAGCCCCCCCAAACGCCUCUGAUGCCCUCUUGGGAAAUGCUUGGGGGCAGGAAAGGGGUGGGGUGGAGAGAGGCCUCCUUUGCUCUGACCUAGUUUUUUUUUGGGGGGGGAGAGGGUGUUGGACCAGGUGACUCUUGUGGUCCCUUCCCAUUAUUAUUCUUUUUUUUAAAGAAAGACUGGACCUCUUUGGAUUACUGCCUUCUUCAAACCUGGCAACUACAUACCUCUGCAUCCGAAGCGCACACCUUCUCUUGCUCCAGGAACUGGGGGCUGCCUUCUCCCCCCACACACAAUACACCCCUCUUUUCCAGUGCCUCGAAAGCUAGAUGCUGCUCAGACCCCACCCCAAACACCACUUUGUACCUUAGAAUCUCAGUGUGGUACUAGAUCCCCUUUCUGAACUUUUUUUGCUGUGUCGGGGGGGGGGGCCUCUGGAGUCAAAGCGGAAUGGUGCUGCCUCCUUGAUGACACUUCCUAAGAAGAUUGGGGGGGGGGCAACGAAGAUGGGAGAGAGACUCCUUUUCUUGCCUGGCAGAGCCGUUUCUCUGUGGUUGGGACAGACGAUCCCAAUGACCCCUGUCUGAUAAACAUUCUGAAUUCUCGCUCAGCAGAGAGCUCAAAGAGUCGUUUUCAAAACUAGCACUCCAACUUCACUCUAAAAAAGUCGCUGGGCGUCGCAGACUUAAAAGGAGACGAACCUGAGUGUUCAAAAAUCCUGGGUGCCGAAUGGAGUUAGGUGUUGCAGUCUCUCGGUAGAGCUAAAUGAGUAAUGUCUUGGGCUUGGGAGGAGGAGGAUUCUGUUCAAGUGGAAAUAUUUAGAUCCUUCUCUCCCCCCCCCCUUUCUCUCUUUUUGUAAAAGAAAAGUUGAUUGCUAUUUGAAUCUCUUAAAACCUUUAAUUGGUUCUGCUUUCUCUAGUAACUCUCAGUGAGAGUUCUCCAAGGGCCCAUCUGCUUAACCCAGUUAAAUUGUGUUUGCUAGGGAAAGGGAGAGCGAUGGGGUUUGGAUGCCUGAGCGGAGCUGCUUUCUGGCCUCGCCGGGACAAAUGGUGGUGGGCGGCUUUUCGGACGGUGAAAAUCUCCCCCCCCCAUAAUGUGUUUGUAUAUCUGAAGUGUCUUGACUGAGCCUGUAGAGUCUAUAAUGGCUCCUGUUUUUGUUUAGUACAGGGAUUUGGGGGGCGCAAUCUGUGGCUGGCCAAAUGUCGUUCAUCUCCCCUUGUCAAUGUUGCCCCUGACAGCUGCCUGUCCAACUCCCCAGUUAUACAUGGUGUGACCAGAAAGUUCAGUGAACGGUCACAGAAAUCUGACAGUGAGAAAUAUUUGAACAUACAGGCCUUCAAAGUAGCGCCCUGUGAUACAAUGCACCGUUGGCAAUGGUAGUAGAACUUCUGGAAACUUCUGGAGAAGUCCUCUUUUCGGACUGCUGUCGGUUCCCUCGUCACAGCAGCUUGGACGUGUGAAAUGUUGGAAAAAUCUGUGCCCUUUCGGUUUUGGAAAAAGAAAUCCUGUGAUUUCAUCAGGAGAACAUGGAGGGUGGGACAACUCAGUAACCUCAGGAACAAUUUCACGUAGGAUAUGCAAUUCUUCCACCAUCAUUUGGACAGACAAAUGCCGAUCUUGCAUCAAUAACUCACGGACUCCAUCGACAUUUGCCGCCGUUCCGCUCACCAACGGUCUGCUAGACAGAGCAUCAUCUUGGAUGGUUUGCCGCCCUUCGUGGAAACUCUUAAACCACUCACACACUGUCUUUCGAGUUACAAUUGUGAGCAUUUCGUGGGUUUCCAAUGCCGAUUGUACCUUUGAAUAUUUCUCGCUGUCCGAUUUCUGUGACCAUUCACCAAACUUUCCGGUCACGCCUUGUAGGAUUCCCAUUUGGAGGGGGCCACAGAUGUCUUCUGCAUCUGGUUUAAUAAUUUAUUUUAUUUAAUGCUUUGACCCAAUGUGGGCAGCUUUUAUCCUUUUCUUGUUUUAAGGAGAGUGGGCGACACCUCCAGUUUGUUUAUAAGUUUUGCCAGCCGGUUUCGGGCACUGGGACGCCUCAUGAUGCCGAGCGAGGAACGGCUGGCUUGCUCACGGCAGGCCAGCAUCCCCCAAUCUGGUGCUUCCCAGGUAUUUUGGGCAGGCAGCGUUGAUGGGAGUUGUAGUCCCACAAUGUUUGUUGGGAGGCUGUGCAACUUGUAGUCGGGGGGGCACCUGCCUUAGUUCUGAAAGUGUGGUGGUGAAAUGGGGGUAACUUGCUGGAUGAAGGGGCUCAGAAUGGACUUGGAGGUUGGACGCCAUUCCUCCCAAUGGACUUGACCUUCAGCGCCGUCCCUGCAAAUGGACUUGAUGCCGUUUUCCAUUUUCGUAGCAUCCAUUGUGUGUCUGGUCCGCUGCUCUCUCCACAAUGGCCAUUUCUCUAACGUGUGAAACUUUUCAUCACUUGAUUUAAAGCACCUCCUCUUUUCUUUUUUUAAGUACUCCUAACCCUUUCCUGAAGACGGGUCUUUCCUGGUUUGUUUUUCAGAUCGCUUUCCCCACUCAUCAGAGACAGCCAUCGAACUGAGCAGCAGGAAAGGGACGGCGCUUUAGCCAUGGUUGGGGUUUGAUGGUUUGCAAAGGCAGGGGGGAGAGUCGAGUUGGCACGAGACUCAGCUCAGUUAUUAGAGCACCUGAUUUAUAAAGGUCCCAUGGUUCCAAAUUGUAGCUCAAUGAAAGAAGACAGUUCCAGUUUCAAUCCCUGGCUUCUCCAGGCAGAGCUGGGAAUUCCCACCUUCCCAAAACCCUGCUAGUCAGUGUGGACAGAAGAACUGAGCUAGAUGGACCCAGUGAUCUGGCAUGGAGCUUCUUCCUGGGUUCCCCUGAACCACAAAUUUGGGAGCGCGCUGUUCCCACUUGGGUCCUCCUUUUGGGCUCCCCGGUUGGCUGCCCUGAGGCUGGGCUGGAUGGGCCUGAUCCGGCUUGCUCCUCUUGGUUUCCUUGUGGAACCUCCAUGGGCAGAGCCAGCUUACCUUAGAACAGUGGAGAACAAGAGCAGAAGGCGGCUGUUGCGCGCUCAUCUUGAGGACAGGGUGCUGGGCCUAAUCCAGCAGUUUAUGACUGUCCUCCUACAAACAGUGCAGUCCUAAUUUUCUCCGUGAGCUGCGUGUGCAGGGUGCUUUUUCCUCUGUCUGCCCAUUUUAGUCCUGUGGGCUCUGGGUUUCCCGGAGAAUUUCGAAUCCGCCAUCUGCCUCCCUUCUUCCAGUGCCCUAAACCAGCCCCCUUCAACCUUGAGAGCGCCAGAUAUUCAGGACUCCCGCCUCCCAUCAUGGCCAGUCAAUCGAUCAACCAGUCUCCUUUAGUGGAAUAUGCCUAUGAUUGUUUAGUAGAAAGGAAACCCUGGAGAAGUUGGUGUCAUUUAAUCUUGCUUUCAAGCAUGGGGUUUAAAUAUUUCUCAUGGACUUUUGCAUCAAAUGGGCAGUAAAACGAAUCAUGGGCAAUGGGUUUUGAUCUGUUUCAUACCACAAGGACAAGGCCUUUCUGAAUAUGGAAUUUCUGAGAAUCUUCCUUGCAGGAUCACGGAUGGCAUUUCCUGUCGGGGAAAAAGCUCUCGCUCCUGAAAGUCCUUCCAUUUCAUUCCGUUCCUUCCAUUGCUGUGCCGCUUUUCACUCGCACAAGUCACAAACUGACUUGCAAACAAUAACAGAACAUCACGACAACAUAAAUCAUAGAGAAUAAUUACCAAUCAUCAGUAAAACGACCACUUUCUGGAAAGCGCUAUUAACAAAGCAACAAUAAAAAUUAAGCCGAACAGCAGCUACACCCUCCCUGUGCUGGCUGAGAGCUGAGGAUCCAAAAUAUAGCGCUGGGAAGGUCUCCUUUUUGCAGCCCUGGAGAACUGCCCGUCAGUCAGAAGUGCUGAGCCGGACUUUGACAGACAUCUUCCUCUCUCUUUAUGAAGUUGCUUCUGAUUUUCCAUCUCAGGAAUCCAACGAAAGCUCCACACUGCCCCCGCCUCACUUUUACAUUGCUAGCUAGAAUAUGAAAUUUAUUUUAUAAUCUUCCAGUUUUCACAAAUAAUUUGAUGGGGGGGAGGGAGAGGAAGGGAGGGGCCCACCACUGUUUCUCCGAAGAACCUUCACUUGGGUGCUGAUUAUUUGUUUUUAAAGUUGCAUUAAAAGUCAUUUUUAUUUAAGCCGUUACAGAAUUAAAUGCGUGUGUGUUUGGUUUUAUUGUUUUCCCUUUUUCGCCUUCUCCUGCCUUGUUAAGUUCGCAGACUCGUAAAGUAUCCCCGUUUGAACGGAAAUGAAAACAGGUUCUGAUAAUUCUUCAGUUCUCCAACCUGAAAAAUGUGUCUACUGCUGGAAAAGCAUGUGUGAAAAUGCAUAUACUGGUGAAAAGAACAUUUGUUGUCGUGUCCGACUCUUCGUGACCCCAUGGGCUAGAGCACGCUAGGCACUCCUGUCUUGCACUGCCUCCCGCAGUUUGGUCAAACUCAUGUUCGUAGCUUCAAGAACACUGUCCAGCCAUCUUGUCCUCUGUCGUCCCCUUCUCCUAGUGCCCUCCAUCUUUCCCAACAUCAGGGUCUUUUCCAAGGAUUCUUCUCUUCUCAUGAGGUGGCCAAAGUCUUGGAGCCUCAGCUUCACGAUCUGUCCUACCAGUGAGCACUCAGGGCUGAUUUCCUUAAGAAGGGAUAGGUUUGAUCUUCUUGCAGUCCAUGGGACUCUCAAGAGUCUCCUCCAGCACCACAAUUCAAAAGCAUCAAUUCUCCGGCGAAAAGAACAUACCAAUGAUAAUAAUACUGUACAGUGGAACCUUGGUUCCUGAACUUAAUCCGAUCCGGGAGUCUGUUUGACUCCUAAAACGGUUCAAAAACCAAGGUGCGACUUCCAAUUGGCUGCAGGAAGCCCCGCUGGAACAAUCACUUCCGGUUUCUGAUCGUUCGGGGGCAGAAUUGUUUGGCUCCCGAGACAUUCGGGAAACAAUGUAUUUCUAUUGUAUUGCACAGGGUUGGACUUGAUUGAUCCCUUCUAACUCUGUGAUAUAAAAAUAAAUCGGGGGGAAUUGCUUGUGAAAAUGUACUCUGGAAUGCAGAUGAAAAUUAAAGGGGAAACCCAGCCAGCUGGGUAGGGUACAAAUAAAAUUAUUACUUAUUAUUAUUAUUAUUAAGCCCAUUCAGAAAGUUUGCCAGCCUUUUAGAGUAGAUUUCUCCUAAAUCUCCAUACAAAAACAUGUAUAUUUAGGAGAAAUCUGUGCUGAAGCACUGUUUCAUUUUGUGUGUGUGUGUGUGGACACUUACAAUAAUAAUAAAACAAUAGCAAAAGUGAUGCUGGAAUGUGGCAAGUAGAGCUGAAGAGUGGAGAAACGAGACGUUGAGAGCGACAGACACUUGAUUCAGACAUUUUUAAAAAAUCCUUCCAGUAGCACCUUA